UUCUGCAAACAUCGAACCCGAUUGUAUUUACCUUUUACGAAACAUGACAUGAUAAAAAUAUUUAGGACACUUGGCCGCCGCUAUUCUAAUCUUCGACAGUCGAUAAGAACUUCUGUACGGCGAAAUUUACAUGUUUUUUAUGGGAUAAUGUCGUGUACUACUUUAGAAUCUCUUAAUUUUGACAAUUUAGCUCUGCGUUCUCUCCCUAUUGAUCCAGAGAAAGAAAACUCCAUACGUCAAGUUUCGGGCGCAUGCUUCUCCAAGGUAAAACCGACACCAGUGUCCAACCCGAGGUUAGUUGCAGCUUCGAUUUCUGCGCUUUCACUGAUUGAUCUUGACCCAGGACAAAUAGAAAGGAAAGAUUUUGCAGAAUUCUUCAGUGGUAACAAGCUUUUGCCAGGUAGUGAUACCGCUGCACACUGUUAUUGUGGUCACCAGUUCGGGUACUUCUCUGGACAGCUGGGAGAUGGAGCUGCAAUGUAUCUUGGUGAGAUUGUUAACAAGUCGGGACAGAGAUGGGAGAUCCAGUUCAAGGGAUCAGGACUCACUCCAUUUUCACGCUCAGCAGAUGGCAGAAAAGUUCUCCGUAGCACCAUCAGAGAAUUCCUGUGUAGUGAGGCUAUCCACAAUUUGGGCAUACCCACAACAAGAGCAGGAACGUGUGUAACAUCAGACUCCAGAGUGGUCAGGGAUAUAUUCUAUGAUGGAAACCCUAUACAAGAGAGGUGUUCCAUAGUACUCAGAAUCGCUCCAACUUUUCUCAGGUUUGGAUCAUUUGAGAUUUUUAAACCAACUGAUUCAGAAACAGGGAGGAAAGGUCCAAGUGUAGGAAGAAAUGAAAUCCUGACUCAGAUGUUAGACUACACGGUGCAAACUUUUUACCCUGAGAUAUGGAAAGUUCACAAUGCUGACAAAAUGACGGCAUAUGUGGAAUUUUUCAAAGAAUUAACCAGAAGAACAGCACGACUAGUGGCAGACUGGCAGAGUGUGGGCUGGUGCCAUGGUGUUCUGAACACAGAUAACAUGAGUAUUGUGGGAGUGACCAUUGAUUAUGGACCAUUUGGUUUUAUGGACAAGUAUGACCCUGGGUUUAUAUGUAAUGCUUCAGAUGACGGUGGCAGAUACACUUACAUAAAGCAGCCCCAGAUUUGUAAGUGGAACAUCAAGAAGUUUGCUGAGGCCAUUCAGGGGGUGGUUCCUCUAGCCAAGACUAUUCCGGAAACAAAGAUUUUUGAUGAAGAAUACAGUGAUUACUACACAAAGAAAAUGAGGAAGAAGUUUGGUUUGGUUAAUAAAUCUGAGGAACAAGAUGGGGACUUGACAGGGUCCUUUCUGGAUACAAUGCAGAAGACUGGUGCUGAUUUCACAAACUGCUUUCGAUGUCUGAGUCGUCUUCCUUUACCCGGAUCACCUGAUUUUGAAGAUAGACUUCAAGAGGUCAUCAAAUACAUCCUGUCCCAAUGCUCUACUGUUGAAGAGCUAAAAAAAGAGUACAGACCUCGGAUGGAUCCAAGGCAAUUUCAGAUGAUGAUGAUGUUGAUGGAAUCAAACCCACAACUUGCUCCAGCUCUUGGGAGAAGUUUUUCUGCAUUCUCACAAGAAAUAGAAAGGCUUGAAAAAUUCAAAGAACUAGAGAAAAUUACGGAAGAUGAUAAACAGAAAGAAAAUAAGGAACUGUGGACGACCUGGUUUAAGAGUUAUACAGAUCGACUGAAAAAGGAAGUAGAAGGAGAAACUGAUAUAGAGGCUGCCAAUCAGAGGAGAAAAGAGGUCAUGAACGGCACUAACCCAAGAUUCAUCCUUAGGAACUACAUUGCUCAGAAUGCGAUAGAUGCAGCUGAAAAGGGAGAUUUUUCAGAAGUUUGUCGAGUUCUGAAACUUCUAGAAACUCCGUACAAUGAUGGUACAGAUUUAGAAAGUCUACGCCCUUCACCUUCAGAUUCUAAUAUUGCUGCUGAAGAUGAUUCCUCUUCAAGUGUACCAAAAACAUUUGUAGAGAAGUGUUACGAUGGUAAACCACCGUCGUGGUCCGUAGACCUGAGGGUCACCUGAUCUUCAUAAAACCACACAAAUCUCGCCUGUUCCUUACACAUACAGUGGAGAAUUGAUGGAGUCUUUGAGUGACAUACUAAUUUCCUUUGUCGCCAUGUUGUAAACACUGGAAUGAUCAAGCUCUGGUCAGCUCAGUAUAUUCCGUUACGCUACAACUCCAAUAUCGUCAUUCGUAGGGGAAAAUAGUCACGGAGAAUUGACACUGUACGGAGUUUGUGGAAUAAUUAGGUGACUAAAAUCGAAACAGAGAAGAAUGGAGUAUUGAAAAUUUUACUGUUUUUCAUUGUGUCAGAUUCUGUCUGCUUUCAACAUCAUAUUAUAAUUAUAGAGUCAAAAUCAACAGAAUGAUUGUCAGUGUGUAAACACAUCUGCUGUAUUAUUUAUCUACAUUGAGAUCCACCACAAAGAUUCCAUUAGUUAGGAGCAGGAACUCUAAUAGAUUUGUGUGGGGAAAGAUACUGUAAAACAUGCAAUAAUCACAGGAUUCAAUGCAGUGCUUCUGGCAUUUCAUCUGGAUGACAGUUUUGAAUUCAACCUUAACUGGUGUUUGAAACUUGAAGUUAAAAUCUUGUGAAAUUGCUGUGUAAAAAAUUUCUGAUGUGUUUUAAAAAACAAAGUUUUGAUAUUAAAUUGAAUUUAUAUUUACCACA